CAUAUUUGUUGAUUCUCAUAAAGAUUCCCAUAAACCCUUUUCCACCAUUUUUCACCUUCUUUUUACCCUCAGAAUUCAAUUCCACAACAAAACCCAAUGUCUUUUCUCCAUUUCACUCUCUUCGUCUUCGUCUUCAUCUUCUUCCAUUCCUUCAAUCUCAUUGAUUCAUCUUCUACAGCUUUCGUAGCUCCAGUCGAGAAAGACGAAUCGACAGAGCUCUACAUCAUCUCCAUCUUCAUCAGAACUCCUCUCCAAUCCGCCGAUUUGAUUCUCGAUCUCGGUGGUAAAUUGAGCUGGAUCGAUUGCACUACCGGUGUUUACACCUCCACAACUCACCAUUACAUCCCUUGCGGUACCGAUCUCUGUGAUUCAAUCGGCUCAAUCGCUUGCUCAAAUUGUUUCCGACCGUCGGGUCCUGGUUGCCAUAACAAUUCAUGUGGUUUAUUCCCGGAGAAUCCGGUGAUUCGGAACAGUAUUCUAGCGCAGGCGUUGGUUGAUUCAGCCGCUUUGACCAGUACCGAUGGUCGGAGCCCCGGUCAACUAGGCGUUGUUCCUAAUUUUGUCCUUUCUUGCUCCGAUGACUCUUUGCUUCAGGGCUUACCGAAGGGAGUUUCUGGUUUGGCCGGUCUGGGACGGUCUAAUGUUUCGCUUCCGGCGCAGGUUAGUAGCGUCUACGCUUCACCCAACAUUUUUGCGCUAUGCCUUCCCAAUCCAUCAAGUCCAUUACCCGGUUCAGCCUUUUUCAACUUCGCCGGUCCAUAUUAUUUUUCACCCGGAAUCGAUCUCUCGAGUCAUCUUGUUUACACACCCCUCAUUUUAAACCCGGUCGGAUUCACCAUGAUAACCUACAACCGCCAACCUUCCGACGAGUACUUCAUCGGAGUCACCUCCAUCGCCGUCAAUGGCAAGCCGGUAGAAUUCAACCACAACCUCUUGAAAAUAGACGGUAACGGUUUCGGUGGAACCAGAUUGAGCACCGUCACUCCUUACACCGUCUUAGAAACCUCAAUUUACAAAGCAUUCACAAAAGCAUUCAUAAACGAAUCGGCAGCACUCAACCUCACCGAAACAGAUCCGGUGGAUCCGUUUGAUGUGUGUUAUGCAGCGUGUGAUGUUUUGAGUACGAGAUUAGGACCUGCGUUUCCGACGAUUGAUCUUGUGAUGCAUAGCGACGAUGUGUUUUGGAGGAUUUUUGGAGCGAAUUCGAUGGUGAAAGUUGCGACGGAAAAUGGAGAUCGGUGGUGCUUAGGGUUUGUUAAUGGCGGUGAUGAUCCGAGGACGUCGGUGGUGAUUGGAGGACAUCAAAUGGAGGAUAACUUGUUGCAAUUUGAUCUGGUGUCGGAAAGAUUAGGGUUUAGUUCGUCGGUUUUGGUGCAUAAUACUAACUGCGCUGGCUUCAACUUCACCGAAGAUCCUGUUCUCCGAUGAAUCCAAUUCUGAUCAAACUUGUGAGUUCAAAACCUAAUUGUUUUUUUUCGUAAUUUGCUUCUUAGAAUCAGAUCUGUGACUUUUCGUUACAAAAAAAAUCGUACAUGCAUAAAAAAUGGGCAUAUUUUGGUAUUUUCAGGAUUUAUGAACAAAGCUUAUGAUUC